CGAUCGAGCUGUAGACUGCCGGGAAGAGAAGAAUAGCCUAUUCCUUAACAGAAAUGCAAGCCAAUGCAGAGGUAAAGUAAGAAAAAUGGACCUACAAUGGCCUAAAAACCCAGGAAUUUGUACAAAAUGGUCGAUUUAGGUUUGUGCAACGCCAACCUGAAGGACGGCCGGACCCUGAUGAAGAUGGGCCUGAGCAUGGUUCUGCUAGGGCACAUCAACUUCCUGUUGGGGGCGCUGGUGCACGGGGCGGUGUUGCGUCACAUCAGCCUUCACAAGCAGGCCCGCCUCAUGGAGUACGCCGUGUCCAACGUCAUCGCCCUGGUGGCGGGCAUGGUGGGGGCCAUUGUCGGAAUAUCGGCCAUCGUCCUGUCCAAGAACAGGAAGAGCAAGAUGCUGACGUGGUUCCUGCUGGUAGUCAGUGCGCUGUGCAGUCUCCUGGCCGCUGCCGCUGUGCUGGGGCUGACUGUGUCCGUGGUGAACGCCAUCGCUAAUGGAGGGAGGACCCUGCUAACCCACUGCAAGUUCCCUGAUGCUAUCGGCUACUCCAGCAUCACCAACGAGUGCCCCUUUGAUCCCACGCGAAUCUACAGUACGACCAUCUUCCUGUGGGUGCCCAUGGUCCUCCUGAGCCUGGUGGAGUUGGUGUUCUCUGGGAGGUGUGUGGCUGCCUGUGUCUCCUUCCUUCACUUGCGCUGUGCUAUCAGGAAGAAGAGGAAGAGGAUCAAUGUCAGGAGGGUCGUGUGGCGACCACAGGAGAUGACAUCACCUCCUCAGUCAGAGUGCCGAGACCAGGAGCAGGAAUUUCCGCAGCAGGAGAUGGAAUGUUCGUAUCAGGAGUUGGGAAUUGGGAAUAAAGACGUGGGGCUUCAGCACGUGAAGGGUCAGCCUCGGCGGGAGACAGCUGAGCCCCCAGAGCAGUGUGAUCUGGUGAGACAGCACCCCAGGCCCAGAUGCAGCCGGGCCAGAGAAUUCAACAGAGCCAGCCUCUGGAUCUAAGACUCACUGUCACUGAAUGACCUCUCAACUUUCACCCCUACAAUGUAUUAUGACUGUCUGGCCUCAGGAGGAACUCCAGUCAGUGAUCGCUGCUUUGGCCAUGGUUGUAUACCCUGUUUAAUGGAACUUACAUUGUUCGUUCUGGACCCUGGGAUAAAGUAUUUUCAUCGCCUGGGAUAAUGGGUUUAACACCCAAACAGUUGACAAUACUUUGGGAAUGCUGGUGUCCACUGGGCUAGAGCUUUUUCUGACCUACCCUUGGGCCCAACACUGUGAAAUCAAGGGGUGCACAGUCAACCAUAUCCACAUCAGCAAGAACAGAUACACCAUGCCUAUAAAUUCAGAUGACUAUAUUUGUAUUUUAUAAUGAUGUAUGCUCCCCACCAAUUACAUGUUACAGAAGAAUCUGUUACUUUUAGUGUUUAUCUAUCACUAGUGUGCAAGCAAUACCUGCAGUAAAUUAGGACCUACCAUUUACUUUACUCAUAUGUGAAGAUAAAGCACAAGAGAAUAAAGGGGAUAUUGUUGUA